ACGUUAAUAAAUAUUAUUAUCAAAGAGUAAAUCGCUUAAAUAAGACGUACAUAUAUUAAAAGCAAUUGAAUCCCGUUGAAAUAUUUAAAAGUUGCUCGUAAUUACAUUGAAGAUAUGAAGAAUAUUUUAGUGAUAGGAUCGGGUGGUCGUGAACAUGCCAUUUGUUGGAAACUCCAACAGAGCAAAAAUGUUUCAACUGUUUAUGCAUUGCCAGGAUCACAUGCCAUAGCACAAUUGGAGAAAGCUAAAAUCGCCGAAGAUCUAAAUCUUAAAGAUUUCCAGAGUAUCGCUGCAUGGUGCUUAAAAAACAAAAUUGAACUUGUCGUUGUGGGACCAGAAGAUUCUUUAGCAAACGGCAUAACUGAUGUUCUCAAUGAAGCAGGAAUUAAAUGUUUUGGACCAUCGAAAAAAGGAGCUCAAAUUGAAGCAAACAAAGAUUGGUCGAAGGCAUUCAUGGAAAGACAUGAAAUUCCAACAGCACAAUACAAAUCAUUUACUAAUCCAGAUGAAGCCAAAAAUUUCAUAAAGACAGCUCCGUUUCAAGCUCUUGUUGUUAAAGCUAGUGGACUUGCUGCUGGUAAAGGUGUCAUCGUUGCAAAAAAUGUCGAAGAAGCUUGCACAGCUGCUGAAAUUCUCGGUUCUCAUAAAUUUGGCAAUGCUGGCGAUGUUGUCGUUAUUGAAGAAUUAUUGAGUGGUGAAGAAGUUUCAGUUCUUGCCUUUGUCGAUUCUGAGAAUGUUCGAAUGCUUUUACCGGCUCAAGAUCAUAAACGAUUAAAAGACAAUGACGAGGGAUUAAAUACUGGAGGAAUGGGCGCUUAUUGCCCAUGCCCUCUGAUAAGUAAAGCAGAAUUAGAAUUCGUGCAAUCUCAAGUUCUUCAGAAAGCUGUUGAUGGUCUAAGAAAGGAAGGAAUAAAAUAUAAUGGAAUUCUUUAUGCUGGCAUGAUGCUAACACCAAACGGCCCUAAAACACUUGAAUUUAACUGUCGCUUUGGCGAUCCAGAGACUCAAGUUAUUUUACCACUUCUUGAGCAUGAUUUGUUCAAUGUUAUGAUUGCAACAGCAACAAACCAAUUAAACACAAUUGACGAAUUGAAAUUCAAAGAAAAUUGUUCAGCAGUUGGGGUUGUAAUGGCAUCAAAAGGUUAUCCUGAAACAUCAACAAAAGGCUGCAUCAUAAAAGGAAUCGAAACAAUCUCAAGCAACCAACUUUAUCUGAUUUUUCACAGUGGAACGUUGAAAAAUUCUGACAAUGAAUGGACGACAAAUGGAGGAAGAGUUUUAAUAAACGUUGCACUUGCUCAAGAUUUAAUUGUCGCAGCAAAUUUAGCAACAAGCGCUUGCGAUGUUGUCGUAUUUGAUGGAUCACAAUUCCGUCGGGAUAUUGCAAAAAAAGCUUUCAAGUGUUCGUCAACAAUUUCUUACAAAGACAGUGGUGUUGAUAUCGAAGCUGGUGAAUCUCUUGUUCAACGAAUAAAGCCACUUGCACGUGGAACAAACCGAAGUGGAGUGAUUGGUGAAGUUGGAAGUUUUGGUGGACUUUUUCGUUUGAAAGACGUGACUUUUGUGAAUCGUGAAGGUGAAGAAGUCAAUUAUAAAGAUCCAGUGUUGGUUCAAGGAACUGACGGUGUUGGAACGAAGUUAAAAAUUGCAGAAGCGAUGAACAUUUGGGACACUAUUGGCAUUGAUCUUGUUGCAAUGUGUGUUAAUGAUGUUUUAUGUAACGGCGCUGAACCUUUAGCAUUUCUUGAUUAUAUUGCUUGUGGUCGUUUAGACGUUCCAACAGCAGCUUUAAUCGUCAAAGGAAUAUCAAUUGCAUGUCGUGAAUCAAAUUGCGCUUUACUUGGUGGCGAAACUGCAGAGAUGCCUUCAAUGUAUCGUCCUGGAACUUACGAUCUCGCUGGAUAUUGCGUGGGUGUCGUUGAAAAUGAUUUGAUUCUUCCUAAAAUGAAUGACAUUCACGUCGGUGAUAUUGUCAUUGCACUACCAUCAAGUGGACUUCACAGCAAUGGUUUCAGUCUUGUCAAUAAAAUCUUCGAAUCGACUGGAUUUAAAUUGUCCGAUCCAGCGCCAUUCAGUGAAUCAGGAAAGACGUUUGGUCGAGAAUUUUUAACGCCAACCAAGCUUUACAUGUCCGAUGUUUUACCAUUACUAAGAAGGGAAAAUGUCAAAGCUCUCGCACAUAUAACUGGUGGCGGUUUAGUGGAAAAUAUUCCACGAAUUCUUCCACCAGAACUUGGCGUACAAAUCGAUGCAAUUACUUGGAAAAUUCCACCAGUCUUUGGAUGGCUGGCAGCAAAAGGAAAUGUCGAAGAUCAGGAAAUGUUAAAAACAUUUAAUUGCGGCAUUGGAAUGAUUUUAAUUCUACCACGAGGUGAAAUCGAUUGGGAAUCAAUUUCCGAUGCUAAACUUAUUGGAAAUGUUGUGAAUCGUGACGGUGACUUGCCACAAGUUAUUGUUAAAAACUUUACUAAUUGCUUGAGCAAAAUCAGUGAACCAUGGAAGGAUGGAAAAUCAGUUAAAAUAAUUUCUUACAAGCAAAGUGGAGUCGACAUACAAGCGGGCAAUUCAUUGGUACAAAAUAUCAAACCACAUGCGAAAUCAACGAAUCGUGAUGGAGUUUUGGGUUCGAUUGGAAGCUUCGGCGGUCUUUUCCGACUUAGAGAUUUGAAGAAAGUUUACAACGAUCCAGUUCUUGUUCUUGGUACUGAUGGUGUUGGAACGAAAUUAAAAAUCGCACAACAACUUGAAAAACAUGAAACUGUUGGAAUUGAUUUGGUUGCCAUGUGUGUCAAUGACAUUCUGUGUAAUGGAGCUGAGCCCAUGACAUUCUUAGAUUACUUUGCAUGUGGGAAGUUAAAAGUUGAUGUCGCUACGAAUGUUGUUUGUGGAAUUGCAGAAGGAUGUCGCCAAUCGAAAUGUGCUUUACUCGGUGGUGAAACUGCAGAAAUGCCUGGAAUGUAUGAUCCAAAUGUCUACGAUCUUGCUGGCUUCGCUUUGGGCUUAACUGAAUUUAAUAAAAUUCUUCCUAAACGAGAUUCAAUUAAUGUUGGUGAUGUCAUCAUUGGAUUACCAUCAAGUGGCAUUCACAGUAAUGGUUUGAGUUUAGUGAGAAAAGUUUUAGAAACGAUUUAUCGAAAGCUUGAAGACAUUGCGCCGUUUAGUGCGAGUGAGAAGAAUUUUGGUGAAGAACUUUUAGUGCCAACAAAGAUUUACAUUCAACAAAUUUUACCAGCACUUGAAACUGGGUUUGUUAAAGCUCUUGCGCAUAUAACAGGCGGUGGAUUAUGGGAAAAUAUUCCAAGAGUUCUUCCCCAUCAUUUAACAGCUGAACUUAAUGGAAAAGUUAUCAACAUUCAGCCAAUCUUCGGAUGGUUAACAUCGGUUGGAAAGGUUGAUAAACUCGAAUUGAUGAAAACUUUCAACUGCGGUGUUGGGAUGGUGUUGAUUGCAUCAGCAGAAAAUGAAAUGGCAUUGUUGAAGAGUCUUCAUGGUUCAGGUGCUUCUGUCAUCGGAAAAAUUAUUCCAACAAAGCCUGGUGGACAUCAAUUGAUUAUCAGACAUUUCGCAACAUGUGUUGAACGUAUUGAAAGACUUUUGACAACGUCAAAGAAGCGUGUUGGUGUAUUAAUAUCUGGAAGUGGCUCGAAUCUUCAAGCUUUAAUUGAUGCAACACGAGAGACAUCGAUGGGAAUGUGUUCGGAGAUUGUUCAUGUGAUUUCAAAUAGAUCAGAAGUUUAUGGAUUGGAGAGAGCGAAAAAAGCAAACAUUCCAACCUCUGUCAUCAGCAAUAAGAAUUAUUCGACAAGAAAUGAGUUUGAUGAAGCUUUGCAUGCUGAACUCGUUCGACAAAAUGUUGAAAUUGUUUGUUUGGCGGGAUUCAUGAGAAUUUUAACGCCGGAAUUCGUACAGAAAUGGAAAGGUCGUUUAAUCAACAUCCAUCCAAGUUUAUUGCCAAAGUUCAAGGGAAUUCAUGCACAAAAAGAAGCACUCGAGUCGGGUGAUGACGUGUCUGGUUGUACGGUCCAUUUCGUUGAUGAAAAUGUUGAUACUGGCGCUAUAAUUGUUCAGGAAAUUGUUCCAAUUCUAAAAGAUGAUUCAAUUGAAUCACUUUCAGCAAGAAUCCUGAAAAGCGAACAUAUUGCAUUCCCGAAAGCGCUUCGCUUAGUCGCAAAUGGAUAUGUGAAAUUGAGCGGAAAAGGCGAAACUGAAUGGAUUUAAUUUGAACUCCACUUUAUAUUAGUCAUCACAAAUAAUUUGGAACUUGAAGAUCCUUUAAAUAUAUUUUCUAUUUCAUAAUAAAAUUAAUUUUAAAGAAACUAA